UAAUAAUCCUCAUGGGAAACGCAAAAAGACCCUGUUCAUCGAUUAUCGAUAGUGAAAUUGAUAAAACACCGCUUUUAUCAACCGAACAACUUGAACAAAUUUCUCGCAAUGUUGUCCAACUGUUAACACCAAUAAUUGAGACUACAAUUAAAACAUUAUUCGAACAAUUUCAGCAAAACUUUAGCAAAAAACAACUGCCAUCCGAACCACAGCAAACAACAUUUCGAUGGGGUUGUCCCCCUAAUUUAAUGCCGCCGAAAAUAAGACAAGCAGCAUCCACAAUUGAACUGCUUCAACAACCAAAAUUUGAUGAAAAAUUAAAAGAGCUUUACGAAAAGAAGAGCUAUUAUGCGGUCAUUGAAAGAUUUCCAGAAAUGGAAAACGAAGAAGAAGACAUAAAAGCUAUAGAGAAAAAUGUCCAAGUAGUAGUAAACAACAAAAACUUUAAGGAUACCAAAAAUUUCGAAGUAAAAAGGCAUGGCAUCAAAAAACAGAACAACUACCACCGCAUUAUUAAAGUAAAAUUUUCAACCCCAUCAGCUGCACACUCGUUUAUCAGUCUCUAUAGAACAAUACAUCAACCGAAAUUGGGUGGACAUAGCCCUUUCGCAAGAAGGGACCUAACUCCACCGGAACUACAACUUCAAAAUUAUCUUAAACAGCAAGUCAAAGAAAUUAACGAGAAGCAUGGAAAUGGCACGGCUAGUUAUCGUAAUCUUAAAAUUUUUUAUAAAAAGCAAGUGAACAUGGACUAG